CCCACCCCCGCCACCCAUCCUAGAUGAGUCAGGCGGGAGAGAGCGAACCAGAGCCAGCAGCGAACCGCUCUGCACGACGCGCAGCCGCUCCUGACCCGGGAGCUGGAAGGCAGAGUGAAGAGCUACGAAACUUGUCACUCUCUGGCCAUGUUGGAUUUGACAGUCUUCCUGACCAGCUGGUCAACAAGUCUACUUCUCAAGGAUUCUGUUUCAACAUCCUGUGUGUUGGUGAAACAGGCAUUGGCAAAUCCACGUUAAUGGACACUUUGUUUAACACCAAAUUUGAAAGUGACCCAGCUACUCACAAUGAACCAGGUGUCCGGUUAAAAGCCAGAAGUUAUGAGCUUCAGGAAAGCAAUGUACGCCUGAAGUUAACCAUCGUUGACACCGUGGGAUUUGGAGACCAGAUAAAUAAAGAUGACAGCUAUAAGCCCAUAGUGGAAUAUAUCGAUGCCCAGUUUGAGGCCUACCUGCAAGAGGAAUUGAAGAUUAAACGUUCUCUCUUCAACUACCAUGACACAAGGAUCCAUGCCUGCCUGUACUUUAUCGCCCCGACCGGGCAUUCCCUGAAGUCCCUGGACCUGGUCACCAUGAAGAAGCUGGACAGUAAGGUGAACAUCAUUCCAAUAAUUGCAAAAGCUGACACCAUCGCCAAGAAUGAAUUGCACAAAUUCAAGAGUAAGAUCAUGAGUGAACUAGUCAGCAAUGGGGUCCAGAUAUAUCAGUUUCCCACCGAUGAAGAAACUGUGGCGGAGAUUAAUGCAACAAUGAGCGUCCAUCUCCCGUUUGCAGUGGUUGGCAGCACCGAGGAGGUCAAGAUCGGCAACAAGAUGGCCAAGGCCAGGCAGUACCCGUGGGGCGUGGUGCAGGUGGAGAAUGAAAACCAUUGUGAUUUUGUGAAACUUCGAGAGAUGCUGAUCCGUGUCAACAUGGAGGACUUGCGAGAACAGACCCACACCCGCCAUUAUGAAUUGUAUCGACGCUGUAAGCUCGAGGAGAUGGGGUUCAAGGACACCGACCCUGACAGCAAGCCCUUCAGUCUUCAGGAGACAUACGAAGCAAAAAGGAAUGAAUUCCUAGGAGAACUGCAGAAGAAAGAAGAAGAAAUGAGACAAAUGUUCGUUAUGAGAGUGAAGGAGAAAGAAGCUGAACUUAAAGAGGCAGAGAAAGAACUGCAUGAGAAGUUUGACCUCCUAAAGCGGACACACCAAGAAGAGAAGAAGAAAGUAGAAGACAAGAAGAAGGAGCUUGAGGAGGAGGUGAACAAUUUCCAGAAGAAGAAAGCAGCAGCUCAGUUACUACAGUCCCAGGCCCAGCAGUCUGGGGCCCAGCAAACCAAGAAAGACAAGGAUAAGAAAAAUGCAAGCUUCACAUAAAGCCUGGCAAGCCAAGGAUGUUCCCGCAUUCACCUGCUUUUGCAGUAAUAUUGUAUCUCUGCCAUCUGUGUCCUUUAGUUGUUUUUUUGUUUGUUUGGUUUUUUUUUCACCCUUCCCCAAACACCAAUAACUAUUAACUCAUUUUGCUGAAUGUUGUUGGGUGGUGGAAAAUGAUAGAACAAGGGAAUAACAGCAAAAGCUCUGUGCAGCUGGACUUGGUUUCCGGAAAGUAAAUGAUUGGCCUUUUAUGCCUGUUCCGAAUGGCAGCAGGAAGCAGGCCUGUCACUUGUAUGUCGCUUUGGACUGAGGAAAGUGGGGUAAACUGCUGCCUGUACGUCUGACAUGAAAACUUCUGACCGCCUCAGCAGCUGAACUAAAAACCUGAAUAGCCAUGACAACAGCUUGCAUUUUCUUGAUUUCAUCUCCAUGAUCUCAUGGUCCCCUAAACUCACUGCCUUUUCUCCCCACUUGCCCCAAACCAAGGUAGAUUUGUAUGCAGACAGAAUGGUGGGUAUGCAUUAUAUAUGAUUUUUACACUUGCAUGAAAUUUUCGUUUUAAUCAAUAACAUUAUUUGGCCUGAGAUUGUGGGUCUGUUCAGACCGUCCCCUCUGAUGGCUUGAAACUGCAUCUGAACACCAACCUUCAAAUACCAGCCAAGUUGGUGUCGCCUGGUACAAGAAAACUAAGACCAUGUUCACAUUUACUGGUGUAUCCUUGAUCCUCUCACAGACAGAGAUCUCAAAGGUUGGAUCAUACAACAUUCUUUAGUAGAAGAAUCUUCUACUAAGGAUAAUGGGCUUUCCACAACCUACUUACUAUUUGAAAUAAAAAAAUCUUUAAUAAACACAUCUAAAUUUGCUCUCAGUGGGCCAAGGGGAGGACCUAAUGACUGCUAUUGGUACUUCUAAUAAAAUUUUUCACUAAUCAAGAGGAGAAAAUUUGUACAACUACUUCAGAUAGAAAAUUUGCUGUAAACUCUGUGUCAUCUGCUGCAGCACAAAUUCGAAGGGACCUUGUCAAUUUAAGAUGGAAAUGGGAAGGAACACAACACAACCAAUGAGUCAAGAAAGUAGAAAUUUUUCACAUCGAGCUUCCUUGUUUAGUCUCCUUUCAAUAUAUGGGAAUAAAAAGAAGAAAUAGAACAGCUGGAGUUUCGAAUCCAGUUGUCUUGAAGGAAUUUUCCACACCUUUCCCCUCAGCAUGACUAGCUCUGUCUAUCUGCUCUUUAUGUCUAAGGCUCCGAACUCCUCCAGGAUUAGGACGAACCCUUAUGCCAGCACAUAUGCUACAUGCUUGAUUUGUAUGGAAAAGGGCUUAUUUAAUCUCUUUUCUGUACUGUUCCUUUCUGAUGCUUAUCCUUUCAUCUGUUUUUUCCUGCCAAGAUCUACUAACAAGAUCCUCCCAGCCUUCUAACCACAGUCUCCUGUUUCUUACUUGAAAGGUUAACAUUUCUCAUGAACCCACUUCCCCUCUGCGUUUUCCUUCUGGCCUUCACUAGUUGCAGGGUAAGUAAAUAGGAUAGAAUGUGCUGCACCUCCCCUGACACGUAUUUAAAAAAAAAAAAAAUUAAUGUCCCUAUUUGAUUCCAACAAAUAUUUUUUUUUCCCUUUUUGUCCUCAAUCAUACUUAGAGGAAAGAAGGAAUGGUCUUCCAUGAACUGAUUAAGGCUUAAUUAGGCAAAGUAAGAUCAGUUUCAUUGAAGCCCAGAUUAAGGUGGAAUAGAAACUGCAAAGAGAAACAGCAGCAGUAGUGGUCUUCACAGGUGUAGGAGCUACUGGACCAAUAUUUUUGUUUUUGCUUUUUUUUUUUUUUUUCUUCAAUCUAGUCCGAAGCUAGCUGUGGAGCAGCCACGUGGUAGCCGGCAUGCUGCUUCUAACCACGGGCUGAACUUGCUCAUGUGCUGUGCACCAGACAAAAGCUUGAAUCUGUGUGUCGUAUGCUUGUUCCAACCACUGUUUGAGCAUUUUUGUGCCUUGUAACAGGAAGUCCACUUUUAAAUUCUGCUUCUAGCAUCACUAAAACCUUUAAAAAAAAAAUUAGCCUAACAAUGCAAGGCAUCCAGCUGACUUUUUGAUUCCAAGAUGAUUGACUGCUGUUUUAUGCAUUAAAUUUUUCACAGCAAAAUAAACCAUGUGGAGAGUCAGGGAAUAAAGAGUCAAAAGAAACAUUUAGAAGCUGUUUUUUCUUUUUUUUCAAUGUGUUGCUUCUGAACUUUUUCCUCCCAUGCGCCCCGGCCCUGUUUAGUUUGUUAUUGCUGCUCUUCUUUUUUCUUUCUGUGUCUGUGCCUUUUUUCACAGUAGUCCUUGGCUCUGCACGGAAUAAAUGAUACCCUCAAAUCUAAUUGGAUGUGCUUUCGCCUUUGCAUGUAAGUACAGUAGCAAGAAACCUUUGAGAUCUUUCUGACUUUUUAAAGUUAGAGAAAACAAAUGGGAUGGAUGGAUUUUUUUUCUUUCUUGUUUUUUUAGAGGGGGGUAGGGAGAUAAUGGUUUGAGUAGCCUUUGUUUUUUUUUUUUUUUUAAUGCCAAACAACUAGAUACAUUUUAAAUGGCCACAUUUCUAUUUUUUUUUUUCCACAAGAAUCAGGUAAAUUCAACUUCUUGAUCUCAGUGUGGAAGUCAAAAACUGCUAAUCCCCACCUGUGCUCUACACAGCACCCAUGGGUAUCGUUGGAUAUUUCAGAGGGGCCUUGAUUCUGGCACUAUAGACCCAGCUAGAAUGAGAAACUACUGCCUUCCACUGGAAAAAUCUAAGAGGAAAAAAAUUUUUAUGCCAGGCUGCCUUUAUGACCACUUAAUUUUAUCUUAGUUUAAUGGUCUCUCCUUGGUGCUAACUGCUGGCAGUGGUCACCUUUUUGUGGGGGCGGGCAGAUAGCUCUAGCUGGCUUUCCCCCACAUCUUUUGUUCAAACAUAAUGACCAUCUUUUUGCUUCUGGGCUUUAGAUACCCAUAACAGUUUUAUGUGCUGUAGGAUGUGGUGAAAAGCAUUUAUGAGAAUUUAUUGGCAAUUCAGAGACUGUUUUCCCAGCUUAGGCUCUUCAUUAAUUGGUGAAGGUUUUGUCCAAAAAGGGUAUCUCAACCGGGGGGAUUAAUGUAAUGCCAGACACAGGUGACUUAUGAUCUUCCCUCUCUGCUUUGUAACUCACCAGCUGUGACACUUGGCUGCGUAUCUUGUGCACCUCAAAUGAAUAGACUCGGUUUCCUUUCUUCACACACCCAUAAGUGUUUCCCAUACAAACUGCUGAAUCAGGGCUUUCAGCUAGUACUGACCCACGUCAUCCUGUGUCUGUGUGGUCCUGCCAAAACCGUCCAUUCAGACCCCUCUGCUUUGCCAUUUGCAAGUGUCUGGAAUUGUCAGGUGUCAGCUUCCACAAGUCCUGGUUCCACUGACAGGACACGUAUGUGAUGACUCUCUAGUGGGAAUUAUAACCUACAAAGUCUAGUGUGUGUGUAGGUAUGAAGGGAAUUUUUUAAAUAAAUUGAAAAAUUAAGCUGUGAACAGCAUUAGAACUUUGUCUAUUUCUUGAUUUUAAAAUAUGCUGAUAUGCCUUAAACCGUAGUCAUAGAUCCUUGUCAUUUUUUGCUGUUUGAAAAGAACUGAUGUUUUCUAAAACUGUUGUGUAAUCUACUUUCAAUGUUAAUGCAGAAUUGUCCUAUGUAAGCGGCAUGUUAGACAUUUGUCUUUUUUAAAAAAACUAAAUAAUUGUAUUGAUGUGAAGUAUACCGUUUUUUUCAAAUAUGAAAGUAACCACUUGGUAACAUGCUCGGUCAUUUGGUGUCUAUUAAGGUAGGAGAGCGGUGGACAGGUAAUCUAUGCAUAUAUCACUAGUGCCAAGACAUAAAGCGGGGGAAAAUAUAUUUUUACCCAAACGUU